UCUGAGCAGGCUGUUUUAGAAAAUUCCCCUCUCGAUCCCUUUUUAGUUAGGGAAUGGGUUCAAAGAAUCCUCUCUUUCGUUGGAAAUGCUAAUUCAGCAAUUAUUAUUGAACGUAGAAAGAACAUUCUACGGAAAAUUGAUCCCAAAAUUUGUGACAAUGCUACUAAUGAAAUUGACUCUGAUGUUAACGGUCUUCUGUUUGGAGAUAUUUUUCUUAAAGACCUCAAUAAUUAUAUUAAUACUUUUUCAAAUCUUAAUAAAGUCAGAACUUCAGUUCGUAAAAUUUUCUAUCCUAAUAGUUUUUCCGACAGGGCCGGGAAAGGCAGAGGUCGCUUUCCUGGCCGCACAAACUAUCAGACAAGACCUCAAUUCCAGCAACAACAGUUUCAACAGCCCUUUUAUCGAUCCUUUCAAGAUCCUUCCACCUCACAGUUCUUUCCAUCCCGAUCCAGACCAUGGUUCCAAAGGGGUCAGCGUUCCAGAGCAAGAUCUCGUCCCCCUUCAAUUACCAACUAAUCAUGAAGACUUAUUGAAAAGUGGUUUCAUCCCUCUUCAUUCGUCUCUACAAUCAAUCCCUUCAAAUCCUCAGAAGUUCUUCUCCAAGUUCAAAGAAUCCUGGUUUUCUGCUUCAUCUCAAAGUUUUGGAUUUAAAAGAAGUUUCCUCAUGUCCUUUUGGAUUGCUAUUUUUCUGUUGGUUCUCGUUUUCAUGUUGGAACUGGUUUCUGUUAUUUGUAAUCUCUGGAUCUUCAGCUUCAAGCAAGAAAGAGGAAGUUGGGGCUCGUAUUGGACAGUUUAUGGGAGCUAUGAUACAUCCUAUUGGUCCAUUUUUUCUGUUUUCACUAAAGUACCCAUUUCAUUGGCUACUUAUGUUCUACAUGUUUUAUCUGUAUUGUUUUAAUGUUUUAUUCACUUCUGUAUCAUUACUUUAAAAGGCUGCAUUAAGUAGUAUAAAGAAAGAUAUGCAAAA